ACGACCGACGAUUCUGAAUCGUUCUGAACCAUACCCGGGAACUGCAGUGUACGUGUGUGCUCGCAACAGCUGUGAAGUGGUGUUUUCCUCCUGAUAUCAACGCUCUUUUUGCAAAUCGACAUAAAGAACACAUUCUGUCCUCCGUGAAGCACACGCCGAGAGGACCGCAUAAGACUUAUUUCAACUCUACCCACAACGAAGUUCGUGAAAAUGACUGAACCAGAGGUGAAUCCAAAAGCCUAUCCGCUUGCGGACCCAACACUGAGUAAAACCAUACUGGAUCUUGUACAGCAAGCGUCCAAUUAUAAGCAGCUGCGAAAGGGCGCUAAUGAAGCCACCAAAACCUUGAACCGAGGCAUUUCGGAGUUUAUUGUGAUGGCUGCAGAUGCUGAACCACUGGAGAUAAUCCUUCACCUGCCACUUUUGUGUGAGGACAAGAACGUCCCGUAUGUAUUCGUGCGCUCGAAACAGGCUCUGGGACGAGCCUGCGGAGUCUCCCGACCAGUCAUCGCCACAUCAGUUACAAUUAAGGAGGGUUCACAGCUUAAACCCCAGAUUCAGUCCGUGCAAAUGUCCAUCGAGAGGCUACUGGUCUGAAUGGUCAUGUGAAAGCUUGAUGUGUACAUACAGAAUGAAAUAGCUAUGAUCAAUGUGUGUCCUUUGCAUGGUGGACCAACCUUUUUUCUCUCUCAAAAAGGCAAGAGUUAUUUUACUAUACUCUUAUCUGCAGCUGUUUUAAUUAAUUUAACGUUUUAGUGUAGUUUUUCUUAAGCUUUGAUCAUGCUUCUACCACAUUGUUUAGCCAGUGAAGUUUUUUUUGUAAAGAGUUUAAAGAUAAACAUUUUGUUCAUGGCA